ACCUUCACCACACAGGCAACCAUCCAAGUUCAACCGCGCAUUUCUUCUAGUUCCUUGACACGUAAUUCUUCUGCGGGGAUGAAUAGAGUUGUUUGAAACAAUACUAUAUCUCUGAUACCAAAACGACACAUCAAAGACCUCGCAGGGUCUAUACCCUCUAACACGAGACCAUGGACAAACCCUUCUUCCGCCGCCAGUCCGACGCCUCUCGCGGCAGCUCAUCCAACAACCUCUCCCUAUCCCCCCCAUCUCACGAACUAAACGACCUCCUCCCACGCCCAUACUCCGACGUCCCUUCCUCACGCGACCGCUCCCUCUCCUCCACCACCGAAUCACGGUUCCCAGCCUACUCCUCAGCUCCAAGAUCCGACCGCUCGCGCUCCCAGAACAUGCAUGUUCAGUUGUCUAUACCCCCGCCGAUAACGGCUAGCGUCCUGUUGCCGGCUAUAAACUUGACGUCCUCCUCUGUUUCGUCUACACAGACCCUCACCCCAAGACUUAGUGGGAGGAAUAUCGCGCCUUUGAUACGGAGGGAACGGGCACUGCAGGCGGAGAUACAGGAACUGCUUGACGCUCAGUCCGUCGGUCUCCUACGUGGCAGGGCACCAAAACCGCAAAAUGGCAGCGGCGGCAGGACCUCAAAAUCCCCGUCGAAGCCAGCGGCUACCCCGCGAACCCUCCACACAGCCCGCCUAGGCAUCCUACGCGCCCUACACAGCCUCCUAGAGCUCUCGCAGAUGAAACACUCCAUCCUCCUCACCAUACACACGACCCUCCAAGCGACCCUCGCGCAACUCACACACUGGCAGCGCAAACUCGCGGACUUAGACUCUAAAAUCCACGCUCUCUCCCCGCCUCCCUCCGUCUCCGCUCCCGACGCAACUUCACCACACCGUAACCACUCCACCUCCCCUUCCAACGGCCACUCCCUAUUGCCCAACGACAUCCCCACCCUCGACCGCGAAAUCUCCACCCUCGAAGCUAGGCUACACACCCUACGCACGCACCGGGCGUUCCUCUCCCGCGCUCUCCUCGAGCAGAGAAGUCGUCAAGAGGCGCAGGCGAGUAGUUGGGUCGGAGCGAAGCGUGAGGUUGAAGCUGAAGUCUCCGCGUGGCUGAGGCGGCCGACGGAGGCACUGGGGCUUGAUGGCGAGGUGGCGGGGGAGGGGGGGGAGAUGGAUGCAUUUCUUUCCUUACCCCCGGGACGACGGACGUUAGGUGGUGCGAUUGAUGCUAUCCGCUCUGUGAUGGUGGAGGUGAGAGGACAGAUGGAGUCCGUUGAACGCGAGGGGGAUGCGGUGGAGAGGGGGGCGGGAGUGUGGGAGGGGGUUUUGGAGAGGGUGUUGAUGUUUGAGAAGGAGUUGAGGGGGUGGGUGAAGGGAGGCGAGGGGUUUGCGGAGGUGGUGGAACGGGAGGGGUGGACGUUGCUUGUUUGUGCUGUUGGGGCGGAGCUGGAGGCUUGGAGGGAGGGGGAGGGGGUGUUGAGGGGGGUGGUGGGGGGGUCGUCGCCUGAGGCGGGGUCGAAUGAUUCACCUCCCCAAGGUCUGGGAAGGGGGAAUUCGGAUGUGAAGGGGAAGGGGAAGAGAGUCGAUAAUUUUAACUCUAGUAUGGGCAGCGAAGGCACAGACAUCUGGGGAAGCGCGCUCGACACCCCCACCCCCAACCCCCCACCCGACGACGAACAAACCAGCACCUCUCACUCCGACACCCACUCCCCCGACGCUCUAUCAACAUCCCAGCGCCAUCCCCGGUCUCUCAGCCCAACACCAACCCCCAGCCCCACCUACCCCCGACCCCGCAGCUUCAGCCCCGACGCAAACCCAGACCUGGAUUUCAACAUCGAACUCGAAGGUCUGAAACUAUCAGGCGGGACACCGACGACGAGGAGUCCUGCGUUUGGUGGUGGUGGGAGUGGGAGUGGGAGUGGGUUUGUGGCGCCGAUGAAGAGGGAGAGGGGGUAUACGGAUGGGGCGGGGGAGGGGGAGGAGGAUGAGGAUGAAGGGCCGGGGGAUGAUUUAUUGGUUUCUCCGAGGGACACGUAG